AUGAACGCUCAUGACGAACAUAGCGCUACACCUGCCACAUUUCAGGCAUUCAACUCAACUGGACUCGACGAAGGAAUUGCGUUUGAAGCGAGAGAUCACCAGCCGGGCACUGGCAAUAGACUCGACCGUGAGCUCCGAAUUCUAUUCGAGAUUCGACACUAUGCUAACAAUCCACAAAAAACAGCCCAAACAGCACUUGUAUCUGCUAUCGUGAUCUUGUCACUCGUACUCGUCAUGGUUAUCAUUUAUUUGAUCUGGGACCGUGCCACUCGUUGUCCUCAUUUGACCGGCAAACCGCAACAUGACAUCGAGCAAGGAGAUGUCAAACAGGACAAACAUCCCAAUACGCCUGAUACUAUUGUCGAUAUUACUGGUCCUUGUCAUGACCCGAUGAGCCGUGAUCUUCCUGCAGGCCAUCUCGUCGACCAGUCGUACCACAAGGACAUGCCGUUCAAGAUCUAUGUCUCUCCUCCUUCAGAUGAUGAGCCGAUGUCGCCUUCAGAACACUCAGAUGCGCCCUCUACUCCCCCAUCGAUGGGAACACCAGAGGGACAGGAAGAAUUUGUGUAUUCCGGCAUGUCUGUUGGGAACCGACUCCGUAGUCAGCUCAUGGUGAGGGAGUGCACCGGUUUACCUCCAAGGUCGGCCGAAAGUUCAGUCUGGGAAUUCCUUGUUCAUCGUCACCGAAGGCAACCCAUGAGGGAGCUCUGUCAACUCACCAGAGCUCUUGACUCCUCUGUCCA